AUGGCAGCUCCGACCACCAUCACGAAGCUCCCGGAGGUGCUCCGCAGUCCUACCACGCUCCAAUAUUUUUCGUACAGGCACCCGGUCAAACAUUCAAACCCAUACUUCAAGCCUAGAUUCACCUUUAAGGUCGAAGACAGGAACCACACCAUGCUGGACAUCUACCGUCUGCGACACACAGACCCCUUGAUGCCGCCCUACCCUUACGGCGAGAACAAGCAUUUUCCUGAAGCAAAUUUCGGUCUCUAUGGCGGCGCUACGGUGCAAUCUGGAAGCAAGAUCUCCAAGGGCAGAAAUAAGGGAAAGUCUUUGAGGCAUUGGUUCCCUAAUGUCCGCAUCGAGACUGUGAGGAGUGAAGCUUUGAACAGAGACCUCAAGAUACCCAUCACGGCCCGAGUCAUGAGGACUAUCAGCAAAUGUGGUGGUAUAGAUCAAUAUGUCACUGGGAUGAAGCCCGCCCGAAUAAAGGAGUUGGGCAUGUUGGGCUGGAAGCUUCGAUGGCUUGUCAUGACAUCUCCCAAAUAUCGGGCAGAGCAUGCCAAACAAUUGAAGAAAUACAACCUGCCCACACAUUACUCGUUAUCAGGAUCAUUCGAGGACGCGUGGAACGAUGAGAAUGUCCGAGCCAAAAUGAUCGAGCAGCAAGAGGCGGCCUGGAGUGACCUACGGGAGGCAGCUGACCGAUUUGAGAAGCAUGUGAAGAGGAAUUGGAUCGAGAGUGGGGAGAAGGAGACUUAUGAGAUUCCGAAGCUUGAGACGCUCAAUCGGAGCAGUCCGCUCUCGAUGGGCCUGCCAGAGUACUUGGAAGAGCCGGAUAUUGUGGAGGAAAAGUACAGACAUGUGAGAACUUUCAGGAAGUCUGUCAGAGACGACGUGCAGGAAGUUUCAACUGAACUUACACCCUUUGAUGCUGACAGCAUGGUCGCUGGGGGCGAUCCCAAGGUAGUGGCAAUGGCAAUUGAGGGAAACAACUCAGGGGACGUUGAGAGCCAUGCGCAGGAGAUCACAGCGAAGACGGAGUCUCAGGACCUCGAAGGAAAGUCUCUGGAAGACUAUAUUCCACCAAAUGGACUUCACAACAACGCGGCAAGGAAAGAGACGGCAAUACCAGAGCCUCAGCAGUCGAAGACGAACUCGGAACAUGAAAGAUGA